UAUCGAUUUCGACCAAUCGGAUGUUUCGGUUUGCGUUUCGGAAUCGGUGGUUUCUAGCACGCAGUCCAAGUUCGUGAGUGUUCGUAACUAGAGACCCAUGAAUUGGCGCGCAGCGUCUUACUUUGCGUGUUUUCAAUAUUAUAUCGUGCAAAUGGCGGCUUUCGCGAUGUUUUGUUCGAUGUUUCUUAAAAAUUAACCGUUCGUACUAUCUGUGGUGCAUAAUAGACGAGGGAAUAGCGUUUGUCGCUUGACACAACACUUGUGAAAGCUUGCCGUCGACAUGGUGAAGCUUCAUAAGAAAUUUUUCGCUGGUGAUAAGGUGUUUGCGAAAGUUCGAGGUUAUCCACCGUGGCCAGCCAAAGUUGAAAGGGUUAUCGAUCCCAAUUCAAAAAAUUCAAAGUAUAGCGUUUUCUUUUAUGGCACAGGGGAAACCGCCGUGUGCAAGGUAGACGAGCUAUUCACGUACGUGGAGAAUAAAGCAAAGUUCGGCAAGCCCCUCAGAAGAAAGUUUUUCCACGAGGGUUUAAUACAAUUGGAACAAGAGCUUAAAAAUGACAGAAAUAAAUCGGGAGCAAGUAUCGCUAACCUCAAAGAAUCCGGUAUCGGCGAGGAAGGAGCAAAAACAAGUAAUGCGAUGGAUUUACCAACAGUUAGCGCCAUGGACAGCGACAUGGAAACAGGAUCCUUGGUCAUCGACGAGGAAGAGAAAAAGAAAUCCAUGAAAAGAAGAACUCUGCUGGGCGCUGCUAGUAAUCCUGAAACACCUGAGAUAAAGAAGAGACGCGGUAAAGCAAAAUCUCUGUCUGCAUCUACGAGCGACACGACGAAGCAAGACGCCGCCUUGGAUUCCCAAGGGGAGGAGUCGCCUAAAGAAGUCGUGAGUCGUAGCGGAAGGAAAAUAAAACCGAAACGGUUUGCUGAUUUUUCAAGUUCAGAGGAGACGGACGCAACAGACAAAAAUGAACAUGGAAGGGGCCGUGGUAAAGUCAAAAUUGAAGAUUCCAGCGACCAGCAAGCAUCACUCGGUGUAAUGCAUAAGAAAAGGGCUACUUUGGAAAAAAAAAAUAACGUAGGUGAAACGUCGGUAUUGGAAGGUACGGUAGUGUCUUGCACUACGUCCUCAGACACGCCUGGGCGGUUUCUGUUGGCGUUAACGUUCGCUGGUGAAUACGUAGGCAUUAAGUUAGACAUGGAUAAGCCAAAGUCCUUCGAAAGCGAAAAGGCUCGAGCGCAGUGGGAAUGGUCUACAGCUAGAAACGCCAUGAGAUUGAAAGCACAGUUGGAGAGCGGCGAAAUCUUGCCGGAACAAGUGAAAGAUUGUUUAGACUUCAACGUGCACGUCCCGGACGAGGAGAAGCGGCUGUUAGCAAAAGAUGGGGCGCUACAUCGUAAAACAAAUAAAUUGAGAUGGCUGCGCAUAGAAGCGCAACUUUUACAACUGGAUGCCAACAUCAAGUCCAAUCUUGGAUUGGAUCGAGCAAAUCCGGACGUAUGUUUACAGGCAAUGGACGACAUGCUCUCACUUACAAUCGAUCCUUUGAUGUUGAAGAAGCACCCGCAUAUCGUGGAGACUGUUAAAAGGUUGCGUCGAUACAUUGGCAAUUUAGCCGAUUGGAAAUUGAACGAAGAGGAAGAGACUAAUUUCAAACAGAAGGCGGAACAAAUCAGACAAAAGGCUGAGCAUAUAUACAACAAAUUUAAGGCUAUGUUUACCAUACCCGAAGGUCAAUCGUUUUGGCAAUCAUUCUCGGAUCAAGUGGUCCAUUUCAAAAAGUUAACGAAGGACAUGCCGGAAGAAAAAGUAUUUUCCCUAAUGUCCGACCCUGUUUGUUCAGAAAUAAAACUUGCAGAUGCAGCCAUAUCAGAGGACUCACCUGCGGACGAGAGCGGUAGUCAGCCAGAUACAGACGCACCUGUUCACGUGAAAUUAGAAGUGCCUACCAGGAGUGAAACUCCAACAGAGUCGGAGGCCAAGUAACAUAGUGAUCUUUUGUAUCCGACGAUGUGAAAAAUCAUGCUUAUUUUCUUUUUGUACUAAUGUGUAGUACCAUAUGACACGAGUGUCUUAACGCUGGAAAAAAAAAAAAAGAGUUUGCUUUUCCACACUUGGAUAUCACAUUUGGAUAAAUUCUGACACUAUAUUUUAUUUAAUGUUCUAGUAAAUUUUCCUCGUUAUCAUAAACAUCCUCCUUGCAAUAUCUGAGAACUGCUAAAAAGAACGAACCGAAUACUUCUACCGUGCAAGCUUCUUUUAAUCUUUGAAGGACAUUACGAAAAAUCGGUUGAUCCUGAUGCACUUAGUAUAUAGAGUAGAUUGUAAUUAUUUCCUCUAUUACAUAGCAUAUUUCUUUUACGAUUCUUUCCGCAUCUUGGGGGCAAUACCAAAAAGACAAAAAGGAAAAAAAAAUAUAUAUUUACGUCUACCGUAUAGGUAUUUCCGUUCAGCACCCGUCUUGCAAAGCGUGUCUACUUAAAAUAGAAACAGAUACCAAUGUAUAUACCAGAAAAAGAACGAAAAUUACAAUAACCCCUCUAUAUGCAAUGAUCAAGAGGUACGACAUGGGCACGAUCGACGUCAUCACUGUUUUUCUCAAUCUGUAACUUCGACUUUUCCGUUUUCCGUGAUUGUAAGCGUUUUCAUCGCACUUUAAAGGCAUGAUUGGAGUGGUCAAUCAAAAAGAAACAAAGGCAUUGAAGGAAUUGUGCGAUUUAUCGUUUGUUUGUAUAAAAAUAUUGUUAGAUAUCGGUUAAGAAUCUCUUAAGGCUUAGAACGUGUUCACUGAGGCACAGUGUAACCUGCUUGUAUACAACCGAAUCGCGAAUUGAGCAUUUAUAUCAGCCGAUUCAAGCACGAUGUUUGUUCAGAAUUUUCGCAAAAAUUUUAAAUCCUCAGUGACCACUGUUAAACAUAAAAAUUGUGUUGCAAAACAAAAAUGACAAAUUCGAAGAAUCUAACAUAGUGCAAUAAGUGUACAAAUUGCAGGGAACUAUACAGGGUGUUCGACCAUACGAAAAAUUUUAAUGGGGGAUUCCGGAGGCCAAAA